AUUAACACUUCUCAGAAGUCUUUUACAUAUCUUGUUCUCUAAAGACUUACUUACAUAUCUCAAAAUUCUCAAAUCUUUUACUAAAGCUUUUUUCUUCCAUAAACUAAAUAACGUCCAAGGAAAUGGAAAUUAAGCUACUUGCACUAGUACUAAUUACACUAAGUGUAGCAUCAUGGGAUGCUGCAGAGGGAAGAUCUCUUAGAUCGUCUACGACACCUCUAAAUCGUUAUAGCUUUCCUCCUGAUUUUGAUUUUGGCGUUGCUUCUUCCGCUUAUCAGUAUGAAGGUGCAGUAGAAGAAGGAGGAAGGGCCCCGAGCAUAUGGGAUCGUUUUACACAUGAAUUCCCAGAAAGGACAAGCAUGGACAACGGAGAUGUUGCUGUAGACUUUUACCAUCGUUACAAGGAAGACAUCAAAUUAAUGAAGGAAAUGAAUUUGGAUACUUUCAGAUUUUCACUAUCCUGGUCAAGAAUAUUACCAAGUAAGUAA